AUGUAUCGCUCUUCAUCUGAUCCGUCACAGACACAGGCUGAGUGUGUUACUUUGUUACGUCACAGGCGUCUGUGCGGCUCUUCAGACUCCGCACCUCGCUUUUACAUCACUUGCCUAAACAACAAAAGCGCGUGGCGAUUACUUCAAACAACUUACAUUUCAUUUAUAUUCUGUUCAGUUGGCAAGAAACAGAAGUUGGAGAGCGGCGAUGUAACGCGGAGUCCCGAGCAGCUGCAGCGGAUCUCCAGGAACAGGGCGGCUGCGCUGGAGCGGCUCGCCGGAAACCAGGCUCUUCCGAGCGGCUUUGGAGAGAGCUGGAAGGCGGCGCUCAGCGCGGAGCUCGGGAAGCGCUGCUUUAGAGCAUUAAUGUCAUUUGUUGCUGAGGAGAGGCAAAAGCACACCAUCUACCCUCCUCCAGAUGAGGUUUUUACCUGGACACAAGCAUGGGACAUAAAAGAUGUGAGUGGAUGUCAUGCUCUCAUGCAAGGCAGAAUAAGGUCCACGGUUAAGAAUACGCUAGAAGUUACUUAA